AUGCAAUUCCCAAACACUCAAGUCGUUUUCAAGACCGUUCCGGUCAUAACCGCCAGCCAGACUCCAGCUAUCCCUAAGACCCUUUUCCUUGGAACGGGAAAUCCCGAGGAAAGCGAAGUCGACGAAGAAAGUACUACAUUUGGAUCCGACUCACCUAUGAAUUCAGUUCAAUGGGAAACAGAUUCUGAAUUAGAUUUCCUUUUGGAGAAAGCCCAGCAAGGAUUCCAGAAACGCGACGGAAUUAGAUCGGAUAUUUUAAUGCGUGGGAAGGAAGUAUUUGACCUGGCCUAUGGAUGUCCAAGUGAUUCCAGCUCGGACCUACCCACAACUUCUUCUUCAAGUGAUCAGCCCAUGGGUAGUGCCGCUGCUAAAUGGAAUUACCGAAACCGGUCCGUUUCCGCUCCCAUUCCGGACAAACCCGAAUUCCCGCUUCCCAAUUUAAAACCGGCAUCACCCAUACUCAAUCAUGACAAUGCUGAACCCGUUUUUGAAUUCACCCCACGUACUCAAGUAGGAGUAUCCCCCGCAUUUUCUGCUUUACUUAAAGAAAAGAUGUGGAGUGAUUAUAAUCAGGGAUAUCCGAAAGGGGUAAAAUUUAUUAACGUGGUAUUAAACAACCAUCUAACUCAGUUAGAAUCCGACCUGGAUAGAACUUGGAAAACGACCCGGGACUGUCUCAAUCUAGUCCAAGACGAAAUGGAUCUCCGAGCGAAUCCGCGUCGAUUAGGAAGUCUAUUCAAACCAUAUAAAGUCAUGCCGAUGAUCAAAGAUCUUGAAGAGGUAAUGGAAUUGAUCUUCGGAAGGAUUCUCUUGGAAGCUGCAAUUUGCUCCGAGUAUCAUGUGGUAAAGUCAAUGGAGUUCCAUUUAUGGAAUUCUUGGCGAAUACUCCGGGAACAUUUGUACCAUGCAAUGAUGCAUCUGACUACUCCACGGAAAAAUAACCCACUGGCAUUCUAUCGCGAAUUUCAAGAUCGAAUCUAUGGAAGAGUCCAGCAACUCAACUUGGAUACAUUGGAGGAACUGCAAGUGGCGAUGGAAACUUAUCGGUUGGAUAAUAGGGUAUUAUAUGCAGAAGAAAUAUGGCCUGUAGAGCGAAAAGAGGAUUGGUGGAGGGAGGAGUAUAAUACCAAGGAAUAG